AUCUCCAGUUGUAAAAUGAAGAAAUCAAUCAUCAAGUUUUUUCCCAGAAAGGGACAGGCUCAACCCUCGCUGAUGUGUAUAUAUACAACAGGGUCUGCACUGUGUAGGCAUCUCAUCUCAGAAGAACAGCUCCACUGCUACCAUACCACAGAGGAAGACCUCCAAAAUCGUCGAAAAGAAAGAACUAUGGCAAGCUCAAACCAGAUUGUUAAAGUUACCAAAGGCCUCACUAAAGCAGCAGAAUGCCGGGAGGACACAAAACUGCUGAUGCAGCCUUACGCUAACUGGGAGGAAUACCUGACCCCAGCGCCAAUGUCCAUAGCCAUCCUGGCAGAGCUGAUCUUCAUCUCCUCCAAUACUGAUUUUUCCAUUCGUAAAGGUGGCCCAGAGGGUGGAUUCAAGUAUAUCAAGUACCCAGACUCAUUCCGUGCCUGCCUCAUGCAAGUGUGUAAUUCUGGGUGGCGUGCGUUCAAUGAUGCACACAAGAAUAUGGACCAAAUUCGUCUCUACACCAACAAUGUACCAAAGUACAUCAAUCUGGCAGUGAAGAUACUCCUCCAGGAUGAUGACAACCUUGUGCAGACCAUGCUCCCAGACCAGCUGGAUAACAUUUCGAACAUAGCUGAUGAGUGUGUGAAUCUGGCUCAGUCGACAGAGAAAAGGUUCACUGAUGUCAUUGAACUCAUCCAGGAGCUCCUCGAAACUUGCACCAGUGCAAAACAGGUAUAUGGGAAUGAGUUGGAAGAAGUCCGAAAGAAAAUCAGUGAAAAUGAGCUGAGGAAGGCGGCUGCAGAGGAGGCCACCAAACGUGCUGAACAGGCUUACAAGAACAUGAACCAGCAGCUGAAGGAGGCCCAGGAAAGCUUCAAAUCAGCAAUGGACUCAAUGCCAAGUGGCUGGGACAUGAUUGGAAUGAAUUUUGUGGAAGGGCUCGCUGGCAGUGUUACAACUGCACUUUCAGGGCUUGCUUCCAUGGUCGCUUCACCAGUUAACCUCCCUGCAAUGAUAGCCAGCUCUAGCACUAGACACAUAGUUAAACCUGUUGCAAAUAAUGACCAAAUCUCGGCAAACAAUAUUUAUUCCAAAUCACCUCAGAUACUGCCUUUAGUCGAAGGCCUCAAUGUUUUUUUUGAUGGAGACCAAAUCAAGUGGUCUGAAAUAGUUGACCAGAAAACUAAACUCCCCAAAACCAAUUGGCCUAAGGAACAAUUUGAGAAAAUUCAAGAAGUAAUCAAAAAGGAAAAAGAAUGCAAACCAAAAAUGGAAGCUUUGGGAAUAUGCACCAAAGCCAUCACUAUCUGCUCUGAACUGGGAAAAGUUAAACCUGAAGAGCCUGAUGAUGCCAUAACAAAACAGAUUGUGGAGCUAAUAAAAAGUCUGAGAAAAGAUGUUAUGGUUUUUGAUACCGAGAGCAAAUCUGCAACUAAUACCUCAGCAUUCAAUGUAAAACCACCACAAAUUACUCAAACUCAAGAAAAUAGUUCAGGCUCCACGUCUGCAGGCCAGAUAGCCGCGGAUAACGCUCGCUUUAAAGUAGAACAGAGCAGAGCCCAGCUUAAGGAUGCGAGGGAAUCAUAUGAGAAGCAUUUUAACAACAUAGAGGAAAAGAAGAAAGAGUUGACCGAAAUUCUUGUCUCCUUGAGAAACUGUGCAGUCAAAGAGAUAGACUUCAACACCACCAUAAAAAUUCUGGCUCAAGGUCUAGAAGCAAUGGGAAAUGUGAAGGAGCAGUGGCAGAAGCUGGUGCGUUUUUUCCAGAUGGUUUCCAACCUCAUCAAAACCUGCCUGGGCACAUCCCUGAAUGAUUUUGUUAAAACUGGUGAGAAAGCAUCAAACAAAACAUUCAAGUACACUUCACGAAUGUUUUUGAAAGACAUGAUCUACAACCAGGCAUUCUAUGCAUCCAACAUUGCCAGCCUGGUUAAUAUGAUCGCAGGGACCUACACAGAUGUUUCUAACAAGUAUCUGAUGGACGCAGUCAGCAAGCUGAGCAAGCUCAUGUCUUUGGACGUCAGCAAGCCAGAGUUCAUCAGUGAGCGAGCAAACAUGGUAACGUCCUGUGACCAAGCUGAAGAAGGAAUAAGAAAUCUUGUCAAGAAAAAUAAGCAGGACUUUGAAAGGAAGACCAUGCAAAGACUGGAGAAAAUUGAGAGUGAGCUGAUGGCUGUGCUACCUCCGGUGUCUGAAGAGAAGAAAAAGGAAAUUCAGGAAGCAGUUCAUAAAGCAUCCAAGAAUGAUGAGGAUGAUGAUCAAUAUGCUUGAUGGUGCCAUGGCAACCUGAACAGCUUGGGAGAGCAUUCAGAAAAGUCCUAUUUUCACAGGGUCAGAGCCCCUCCCACUCACCGGAUGACCCAUUAAAAGAAGAAAUCCACACUGUCUGCAAUAAUUCUGCUCUUUGCUUGGACCCUCCAUCUCAUCAAAAUGAUCUAUUAUCCAAAUCAAAUAUUGAGUCUGGAGAGGCAUUUUUCAUUGCUAAAAAAUUAAUGUGCACACACACACACACACAUAAACACACACAGGCAUGCAAUCACACACAAACACACACACACAGAGGGGUAUGCAAUCACACAUAUAUUUGCACCACAUGUACAACUAUACUGGGGGAUGAGCAGGAAGUAAGUGCAUGCAUAGUUGCUACCCUUAUGAAAAAACCACAUGUUCCAAAAACACAUGUCCAAAAACAUGUAAACACUGAACAUGUGAAGAGUACACAUGUGAACUAUAAAAACAAUCCCACUUGAUGAGAUGAGAGUCAGAAAAGGUAACCUAAGCUAUUUCUAAUCACGUUUUGUUUCAAAAUGCAAAAAUCGUAGUUCACAUUUGGAAAAAGCGAGUCACAUGAGACAAUUUCCAGUUCAUGUGACUUUUUCUUUUCAUAAUAUUCACACGCGAAAAUAGCAAAUUUCAUGUGAUUUUUUCAUAAGGGUACACAUUCAAAUACAUUAAUAAGAAUCCAUAAUCUUGUUUGAAACAUACAAACUAAUGUAUUUUGCUGACACAUUAAUGCUAAAAUAUUUUUGGCUAAUGAAACUGGAAGUAAUGCAAAACCAGAUGAAAUUACACCUUUUAAGGAAUCCAACAGAUUAUGUUACUAAUUCCAUUUUUUCAUGUAGUUUGUUUUCAGUAUCAGAUUCAAUUUUACAAGUAAUCCACCCUACACUGGUCUUAGCAAUCCACUUUAAAACCUACCAAUAAUCAAACCAGUGGUAAGAGUUUAUAUACAUAAUUUUGAACAUUUUCAAAAUGUUUGUCUAAAAAGUGAAAGUUCUCUCAUUUUAUUGUAAUACUUCUGUGUCAGUGACAACGUACUUAGGUGUCAUGGGUAAGUUGUCCUUGAGUGCUGGCCUAGGAUCAGAUUUGAUUUUGAACUUAAAAUGGUUAACACCUCAAAGCUCCAAUUUAAUUUCUGUUUUUAAAAUAAAUGAAUAAUCUUUCUAUCACUUCUAUUACCCACAGGUCUUGAGGCAAGCACAUUGAUAGAGGCACUUUUGACAGUACCCUUGUCAAUCUCCUGUGGUAUCUGGUGCUGGGCGUGUGAAGUGCACCUUUGUAAAAGUGUCUACUAAACUGUAAAUUGUAAGAUUAAGAUUUCGGUUAGUGAACAUCAUCAUGGAUCAGCACUUAAGGGCAGCAAAACCUUAAUGUUAUUAGACAUGAUAGAGUACCACAUGCUGUUCUGAAUGUCAUACUAUUGCCAUAUUUUGACCGGUCGGUAACUGAAAGGUUCACCAUAUUGUAAACUCAUCUGUGCUUACAAGACACAAUUUGUAAUUUCGAGACAUUUUACCAUUUUCAGUGAGAAAACAUAUGCCGCUUGCUUAAUUAAUUGAUGCUUGUCUUAUUAACCUUUCAUAACUGUGGUUCUGAUCAUUCAAUGUGCUCUUGAAUGGAAUUGUCAGGAACCUCUAUAAUAAACACUUUUUGCUUUCAAAUAAUA